AUUACGUACCUUAAAAAUGUUGGAGCAAACUCUUUUUCUUUCGUUCUCCAUAUUUUAUCUUCUUUUCUCUGUUUUAUCUAUUUCAGCCGCAAACUCAAUCAUCUAUGUCGAAUGCUCUCAACUCUACUUCACCUUGACAACAUCCUAUGAGGCGCAUAUCAAUUCACUAUUUACUUCCUUGUCUGAGUCAUCCUCUAUCUCCAAUUUCAACAAAUUCCAAAUCUGUCCUCCGGGAUACUCACAAAGCGACGUUGUUUAUGGUCUCUACCAAUGUCGAGGUGACGUUAGCUCCACCACCUGCAGAGAUUGUGUCGCAAACUCUCUUAGUCAACUCAAGACAUCUUGUCCUAUGUCAGUAGGAGGACAAAUACAGUUGGAAGGAUGUUUUGUGAAAUACAAUAAUACAUCAUUUUUUGGGGUUGAAGACAAGAUGGAGAUGUCAAAGAGCUGUGGCCCUUCGGUUGUUUAUAAUAUGCAAGCUUUGAAUCGUAUUGAUGAUGCAUUGGCAUAUUUAACUGCUGGGAAUGGACAAUACUUUCGUAAGGGUGCUUUUGAGAGCGUGCAGGGUGUAGCACAGUGCGUACAAGAUUUGACUGUGAGUGAGUGUGAAGAUUGUCUUUUGGAGGCUCGUGCGCGAUUAAGAUCAGAGUGUGAGACCUCGACUUGGGGCAAUAUGUACUUGGGAAAAUGUUUUAUCCGGUAUACUGAUCAAGAUAAUAAUAAUGAUGCAAAUAAUGAUACGUAUGAUUAUAAUGAUUAUGACGAUGAUGAUGAUCGUGAUCGUUCAAAGAAAAAAAAGAAAAACAAAAGAAAAACAAAUCUGAAACAAGUGCGAAGAUGGACAAUUACCGUAGGAGCAACGGUUGGUGGGAUCUCCUCGACGGCUGCAUUAGGUAUUACCGUUACCAUAUUGUACAAGAAAUACAGAGACCGAUAUGAUAGGAGGCCUAUAAAAAAGUCACCUCUCCAAACUUCAACAUCACCUAUAAUAACGCCACCACCAACUCCACCGCAACUGACACCACCGCCAUCACCACCCCGAGGUCACUAUUGUAACGUUAUUGGAGGGUGUACAUGCCCAAUUCCCCCUCCUUUUAAUGAAGCAUUCUUUGGGGCCCGAAAUGAAGCCUACGGAAUCCCCUGGCUAAGUUACAGAUGGUAGAGAUGUAUUAUCUUCGACAGUUUCAACAAUUGACGUGGUAAGGUUCACAAGGAGAUGCUCACUAGCUAUCUAGGAUUUACCAAAUGAAUAUAUAUAGCAAUAUUAUUUUAGUGAUAAGUUUGUGGAAUGGCAAUGAAUUUAUUCUUAAAUUUGUGUGUGAUCAGAAUUUAUUCUUGAAUUUGUAUGUGAUCAAUAUUUUCUGG